UCAAGCUGAAUCGUCACGGUUGACCUGAAAUGCUGCCUUUAACUGUUUAAGUACACAUGCUUUCUGUGUUUAUAUUGCAUUACAGGUGUAAACGGCAGCGAGAUAAGAUACUGUACACAUGCAGGAUUUUUAAAAGUUUUUUAAACAAGCGGAAAUAUUUUUUGCCACAGGUAACGGAGAGCUGUCAGUAUGUAGUCAGGAUUAUGGGCCAGUGUCUGAGUCUGGAUCAGGAGGAACUUAAGGCCCGGGCACGGAGCGAGGCCAUCGACAAAGAACUACAGACCUGGGCAAAAAAAGACCAAAAUGUCAUCAAAAUUCUCUUACUGGGGGCUGCAGAAGGAGGAAAGAGUACCCUGGUGAAACAGAUGAAGAUCAUCCACAACGAUGGCUUCUCAUUCGAUGAGCUGCGGUCAUUUAAGCCAGCAGUCCUUGACAAUUUGUUGGGCUCUAUGAAGUAUGUUCUCACUGGAAUGGGACUGCUUCGUAUUAACCUGGAAAAUCCAAAGAACAGGCACCAUGCUCAGGUGAUUUUAACUUGUACGUGUUGCUUUGACAAACGACAUGACAUGAUUCCACAGGUGUAUACAGCUCUCCGGGCCUUAUGGCAGGACCGAGGGGUGAGGAACGCAGUGUCAAGGGGAUAUGAGUACGAACUCAAUGAUUCAGCUAUUUAUUACUUUGAAAAUAUGGACAGGAUAUGUAAGCCAGAAUUUGUGCCAAACUCUAAAGAUGUGCUGAGGGUCAGGGUCAGGACUACGGGGGUCCUAGAGACCUGCUUCAAGAUCGAGAACGUCGUCAUCAGGAUGUUUGAUGUUGGGGGUCAAAGGUCAGAGAGAAAGAAGUGGAUCUCGUGUUUUGACUGUGUCAAGGCCGUUCUUUUCGUGGUGGCGCUUAGUGCUUAUGACAUGUGCUUAUAUGAAGACCCUGAUGUGAAUCGUCUUCGUGAGAGUUUAAGUCUGUUUAGGGGGAUAUGCAAUAAUAGAUUCUUCAGAGAGGCAGCUAUGAUACUUUUUCUUAAUAAGCUGGAUUUGUUCAAAGAUAAAAUUCGCUAUUCUGGUCGACAUUUAAGGCUUUUCUUUGAAGAAUAUAGAGGGAAAGACAAAGAUGUGAAAUCAGCAGCCAUAUUUAUUCAGCAACAGUUUAUGGAUCAAAAUACAGUAGCGUCCAAAGUCAUCUAUCCACAUUUCACCACCGCCACGGAUACAAGCAAUAUUCAAGUGGUUUUUCAGGUCGUCAUGGAUUCCAUACUCAGAGACAAUCUCAGAAAAGCCUCCAUUUUAUAGCUGUCGCUUCCUUCAAAUCCAUUGCAUUCACUCUCAAAUUAUUGCCGUCAUGAAGGAAAACAUGUCUUCCAAUACAAAGUCUCACCUUCAUCUAGUAACUUAUCCAUAUUAUUUAAAGCACCUGUUGGUAAAUAUUAAGUUUAUGAAAUACUUAUCUCCCAAUUCAUAAGCACAAACUUUUGUAUGAACAUUGUCUACACAUAAGCAUGUAAUGCAGCCGGUGCACAUGUAGUAUCCAGAGGUUUUCAUUAUAACUUUAUUGUUUCAAUUCUCAUUUUUCACCUGCCUCAAAGGCACACUGUCAAGUAUUCUCUCAAACAUUUUUUUUUUUCAAGCAUUUCACAACACUGCCAGUGUGGUAUUAUGCAUUUUGUAAAUAUAAAAAUAGUUAGCUCAAGGGAGAAAACUUAAAGAAGUCUCUCAGACUGUGUGAAAAAAUGAUUUUUAACCAUUCUAAACCUGGUCUACUGUGUAUGUAUGUAUGCAUAUUUCAAAUAUUACCUUGUGGCUUAUUUGAUUUAAUGGAUCUCAGUCAAGUCAUUUUUUAAGUAUUUAUAGUAUUUUUUGUAUACUUUGUACUUAUAUUUGACAGUGACUUGCAGUCGGUACUAAGAUGACAAAAAGUAGAAAGAAUUACAGUUUCUUUGUUUCUGGAAUGUUUUUUUUUUUAAAUUCCAUAAAGAAGACUUUUUAUAGACAUUCCAUAUUUUAUAUCUAAUGUUGUUAUUUUUUAAAACCGUAUGUAUUUAUGAUGUAUGUGUAUAUUUUAAAUAUUUUUAUUUUAACACUUGUUAAAGAAUUUACAUAUAAUUUUAUAGUGCUAAAUUUUAGAAAAGGUCUAACUGUUGUACAUAGUUUUUACUAAUGCUGUAAUACAAAUAUUCUGACUCAGUUUACAUAAUUUAAAUUAUUCAGAGACUAGGGGAAAUAACCCCUUUUUCUGUUUCAGUUUUUAAACCCUCACCUUAUGAAGUAUAGCUACGCAAUUUGACAAAUUUCAAUUUUUGUUAUUCUCAAUAUUACAAGCAUCAACAUUGUUUGAUUUAUUUUAUGUCUGCAUAAGUAAUUUUUUUUUCAGUUGUAAUGUAGAUUGGAUGAACAGGACAUGUGCAAGAAAUAUUUUAAUGAUACAAAUGCAUGUUAGACAUAGUUGAAAUACAUGUAUCACUUAAAUUUUCACAAGAAUUUAGGUCAAUUCCCUUUAGAGAAAUGUUUCAUACAACUUUUAAAAAAAAAAAAAACCCUCCUUUUUUGAACUGAAAGUAAUAUUUUUGCAAAAGAACAAAAAAAUGAAAUUUCUCUAACAUUUUUACUGUUGCUAGUCUACAUUAUACCUGAUUACCAACAAUGUCUUGUGCUGUUCAUUAUUUUCAGGGUACUUCAGCAUGCACCAUCUAUUUCAUGAGAUGUUAUUUUGUUACAAAACAGUGAUGCUACAAAAAUGUAUAAUUUUUGAUAAAAAAAAUAAACAAUAAUGUAUUUGAAA